AUGGACGUCAUGGAUGAUCAACCACCCACGGGUCGCCGUAGAGGUGACGGCACCUCCAUCGCCCGCUGCUUCAGGAUGCAGUUGCCCUUGUUGCUCGCCUUCGGUAUCACCAUCUACAAGAGUCAGGGCAACACCUUGCUUCGCUGCUUCUUGGACAUCGGAGCAAGCGAGAGGAGCGACGGACAAUCCUUCACUGCCUUCAGCCGGUGCCGUACGCUGGAGAACAUGCUCCUCGAGCCCUUCUCCCUUGAGCGCUUCCUCAAAAUAGGCGACAGCCGUUCCUUCCAGUCACGACUCAACGCCAUCGACCACGUGCGGACAGUCGAGGACCGUACACGUCGUCAGCAUGGCUUGCCGCCCAUCGUCAGAACCGCUCGGCCCCCGAGGACACGACGGAGGGCGGGCCGCGGAGGAGGGCGGCGAGGAGAUAGGGGGAGGCAGGGGGGAGUGCAAGGCGGCCGUGGUGGACGGCAGCGCGGGGGGCAGGGCCGAGGCCGGCGUGGGACGGAGAGGCCAGACCUUUCUAUCCCUCCAGCCGUUGUUUCGUGGGAGGUAUACGCGGUUCGCCAAAUACAGAACUCCCACACAGACUCCUGGGUGUACGUACCCUUCCUCCUCGACGCUUUUGGCAUAGAUCGAUAUGUGCUCUUCGAUAAGCCAGCCUGGAGGGAUUCCCCCGUGGCAGCCUGUGCUGUCGCCCUCCAGGACGCCGGCCAACACCCAGAAGGGAAUGUCAAGGACUUGCGAACCUGCGCACAGCGUGAAGAUGGAGUGGACGCGUAUUUGAGUAACUACGUUACCGCCUCCAGGCAGAGUCAACUCAUGGAGGGUCACCCGAUCGGUCAAGGGCUAGGCCUGAUGGUGGUCGCCUGGCGGAACGCAAUUGAGGUGGCCAAGCAACAGCUCCAACUGCCGAGAGUAACCGCCGCCCAAGUUGGCCCAGCAGUCGUACCCACCUUCAUGGCCUGAGCUUUUUCGUUGUCGUGCUGGGUUUGCACCGUAUGUAGUUAGGUGGGUCUUCAUGACAUUGUUUAGGCAACAUGCCUCUCGCG